AUGCUAUAUAUAGAUCGUUGCCGACAUUAAGCGUCUGUACUUGGUAUACGACAUACGUAGCACGUAGCUGUACUCUCAUCGGGCUCUCAAGUAUCAUCUCGCGUUUACUCGCGUGACAUUUUUCCUCGUGUGUACGGCGUUACCAGUUACUCUGGCGUCUUUCGAGGAAGAGGUUACUUCCACCUUAUCAUUUCCGGUCUUGCGGUAAUACUGACUUCCGACUCCUGCAUUAGAGAUAAUAAUUAGAUGAUAGCAGAUUAUAUGUGUGCAACACUAUAUAUAUACUUGUAUAAUCAUAUAUCACUUGGCCAGUAAUAUGGGUGAGCCGUUGGGUUUGAGCAGCAGCGAAGUUCGCAAACUUUGUAAAACUCCAGACCCUUCAACAAAUGGGUAUAUAAUGCAGCAAACAAUGUUCCGUAUAAAAGAUCCAAGAAUCACCCUACCUUUCUAUACUGAAGUUCUCGGAAUGACCUUGCUGCAAAAGCUUGACUUUCCAGAAAUGCAAUUCUCCUUAUAUUUCCUUGGAUACGAGGACCAGAAUGAAAUACCACUCGAUCGUAGAGAAAGUAUCGAAUGGACAUUCCGUAGAAAAGCGGUCAUAGAGUUAACUCACAAUUGGGGGUCAGAAACAGAUCCUGAUGUAAAAUAUUACAAUGGAAAUAUAGAUCCCAAAGGAUUUGGUCAUAUUGGAAUAGCAGUACCUGAUGUUAACAAAGCGUGUCAAAGAUUCGAGAUGUAUGGCGUUGAAUUUGUGAAGAAACCAAAUGAUGGCAAAAUGAAGGGGAUCGCCUUCAUUAAAGACCCUGAUGGUUACUGGAUCGAAAUCCUACAUGGCGCUAACAUUGCCAAUUAUAUGUUAGGUGCUUAAAUAUAUUUUGCGCCAGAGCAAUAAGUCCUUAAAUUUAAUGUAAUUCAAUGUAAUUCAAUGAAAUUCAAUGUAAUUCAUUGUAUUGGAUGUAAUGUUCUACUAUGUAAUCAACAAUCAGAGAUUACUAUCAAAUUCGAUAUAUAUUACAUAUAUACAUAUAUAUAUAUAUAUACAUAUAUAUAUAUAUAGACUCAGUAUAGAUGUGAGAAACCAGAAUCAUUAUAUAUAAGUUAACGCGAGUGAAAAUGAUACGUAUUUAUGCACACUAUAUAUCUUUUAGCACACAA